AAGUUCAAAAGCCAUCCAAACGGGGCCAAAGAAAUGUCGAGGACCCGAGGUGAUUUUUCAAAAUCUGGAUGGAUAAACUUCAGGACACUUUAGCGUAAUUUACCUUUUACGGAAUAAUAAAUAUUGCAAUUCAACGGUUAAUUGGGGGAGGUCAAGGUUGGGAGAGAGAGAGUUGCGGAAUGGCGAAGUCUUGCAAGGGUCUAGCAAUGGAACUAGCCAAAUGUCUCAGCGAAUCCCACUGUGUUAAUGUUGAGAAGCGGCCAUAUAGGGAAUGUGCUAAAGAAAAGAGUCCAUCCAUAUCAAGCGAGUGCGUUGGACUAAGGGAAACAUAUUUUAAUUGCAAGAGAGGCCAGAGUUGGAGAUCCCAGAGUUAGAGUUAUGAUAGGUAUAACUAGGGCGAGGAGGAAAAUAUGAUGGAGAGACAUAGAAAGAGAACAUAAGGAAUAGAGAGGGUCGGAAUGAGUGAAUCAUUCUAUCAAGCUGACAGGGAAUAGGAAUGUGGAAUGCCGGAUUCUGUAAAACGUGGUACAAUGGGAAGGCUUAUGUAGUCUUAUUAGUUAAAAUGUGAUGAGUUGUUCAAACUCGAAGAGUGGUUUCUUUUAUCCUGUAAUGGUUAGUAACAUCAAAAGUACUAUUUUUCUAUAUAUUUCUGGAAAAAGUUGAAAUCUACACGUGCCAUGGCCUUUUCCUUCUAAUUUUGUUUUCUAAAAUAUCACAUCUAAAAGAAUUCUAAACAUAAUACUCGAUGUUUGUCUUAUUAAGAGAAAACUAAACAAAGAAUAAGAAAGAACUUUUAGGUUUAUUAAAGUUUUUGUUCUGGAAUGAAAGUUUUUGCUGUUUUGGAGUGUAAUUUCAAAAGUGCGGAUUGUUGGACUUUCAGUGUUAGCAUCAUCAACAACAACAAACAAACAAAGCCUUUUUCCAACUACCUGUGGUCAGUACAUAAAUCCUAUUUUUCCAUUUUGUUCUUCUAAGUCCAUAUCCUCAGUCAAACCACAUGUUAUACUGUCCUUUCUUACUAACCUUAGUCAUGUUAACUUUGGUCUUCCCCUUCCCCUUUCCCUAGCAUUACCCUUAAUUUUGUUUUUUCUCAUUUGAUCUGCAAUUAACGGUACUUCAACCACAUCGGGAAUGUGUUAGUUUCUAAUUCCAUAAUUUCUUGUCUUUGUGCACAUCUCAACAUUCACAGUUCCACCACACUCACUUUAUGCAUAUGCCAACUUUUUAGCUGCCAAACAUUCUGUCUCAUAGAGUAUGACUGGCUGUUUUUAUAGAACUUCUCUUUCAAUUUUAACAAGAUACACUGAUCACACAAUAUAUUAUAUGUACUCCUCCCAUUUAGUCCAUCAAGGCACAUCAUCUACAAUUUCUCCUUCAUUAUGGAUAAUUGAGCCUAAAUACUCACAUCUAUAAGAAUUCAUUUAUAAUACUCGAUGUUUGUCUCAUUAAGAGACAACUAAACAAAAGAAUAAGAAGGAACUUUUUUUGGGAUAUGAAAGUUUGUGUUCUGGAAUGAUUGUUUUUGCUGUUCUGGAGCGUAAUUUCAAAAGUGAAGAUUGUUGAACUUAUACACAACGCUUAAUUGUCAAAAAUGCACAAACUUGGUCUUCGGGCUGUGAAGGUAAAACACUUAUAAUUGCAGCCCAAAUGAUGCAUAUCUUCCCUUGGUUCUUGUAAUGGGUAAAGGAAAAGGAUCUACCAGACUUCCAUUGGUUAGAUAUGGGUAAAAGAGAAGGAUGUAGAAAAGUUUUAUUCAGACUAAAAAAUUAUACAAGUGCACAUGCAAAGAAUUUGUAAACUGAGGAAGAAAUUGAGUGUUCUGGGAGAGGCAUAUUGGAUACAACAUUACAUUUGGCAUUUAUUUGCACCAGAAUUUGAACCCACAUUCUCAUGCUUAACAGCCUGAGCAUUUUACCACUGCACCAGUCAAUGUCCCGUACAUUGUACAAAAUAUUACGGAAGCACUUGUUUCAAAUGAAACCGAAUAAGAAAACCAUAACUUGUAAUAUCAUUUUGAGAAUAGAUUUGUUGGUAGAUGGCUUCAAGUUGGAAACUAAGAUGAUUCUUGUACCCCCUUGAACAGGUUGAAAAAUCCUAUUGUUGUUGGAAAAAGAUAUAUGCACAAUAACCAACAAAAAUCACCUUAUCAGAUGACAACAACAAUUUUUUUUUUUUUUUUUUU